GGGUAGUUUAGCGUCAAGAGGCGUCAAGAGCAGACGUGUUCGACCCCUACUGAACUAGUGGGCACACCUGCACCACCAUGGCUCCUCACACACCUGCUGACAUUAAAAUCUGAUGAUGGAGACAUCCACAGCAUGGCAAGAACACAGAGAAAAACAUCUCACUAUGUACAUUGGCAUUCACCAUCCUUUUUGCCAGUUGAAACCGCCUUGGUGCACGUUACUUUGUGCCCUCAUGAUCAAUUUCACAACCUUGGUAUCUGCCAAGAACAGAGUGGACCCUUCGGAACUCCAUCAUCGAGGAGAUCUACACUUCUUCCGGGAAUCUCGCGUGCACUCUCUUGCUUGGGUGGUAGAAAUCCGUGAAGAAUGUCAUGUCAGAGAUGUGAUUGACAAUUUUAGGAAAAUAAUUCUUCAAUUGAAAAACGAUAGCAGUAAUGAAAUUUAUGCAAAAUUUAGAUACAAUCAAUCCCAGAAUUUUUUAAGUAGUUUAAAUAAAGACAGUGACCAAGAAUGUAGUGAAAAAAUUUACCCCCUUCAACAAAACAGUUGUUUUUGUGAUAUACCAUUGCAACUCAUUCUCGUAAGAAAAUUGACUUUCUUCAAAAAUAUGUAUAUUAUUGCUCAUCCUUAUUUCCGUUUUUACUCGCAAAGCAAAAGAAAAUGGAAGGUUAGACAAAACAGAAGAGUACAAAGUGUGAUCACCAGCAAUAGAUCUGCUUUGUUUGGUGAUUACAGGAAACCCGUCACGAAUAGUGAAGUUGAUUUCCUCAAAACUGAGGCAUGUAUGGAGCACUAUUUUAGUAACCAUCCCUGUAUUAAAUAUGCUAAACAAGAAGUUCUUAGACCGCGGCAGAAGAGAAGCAAAGUAGAAUUUCUUGAUCCUUUAUAUGAAGAGCAGUGGCAUUUGAAAAAUGGAGUGGCGGGCCAGUAUGAUAUCAAUGUGGUAAGUGCGUGGGAGAGUGGUAUUACUGGCCGAGGUGUCACUGUGUGUGUCAUUGAUGAUGGCUUGGAGUGGCAACACCCAGAUCUACGCGACAACUAUAAUCCUGCCGGCUCGUAUGACCUCAAUUCUGAUGAUCCUGACCCCUCUCCGGUAAAAAAUGGAGAACGAAAUGAACAUGGUACAAGAUGUGCUGGAGAGAUUGCUGCUGUUGCAAAUAGUGUUUGUGGUGUUGGUGUUGCAUACCGAGCAAAUAUCUCUGGAAUUCGAGUGCUUGGAGGACGCAUGACGGAUACCAUGGAAGCUGCUGCAUUUAUUCAAGGGCUAGAAGUUAAUGAUGUAUAUUCCUGUAGCUGGGGCCCUGACGAUGAUGGGAAGACAGUAGACGGUCCUCAUCACUUGGCCUCGCGUGCACUGGUGCACGGUAUCACUUACGGCAGGAAGGGUUACGGGGCCAUUUAUGUUGUUGCCUCGGGUAAUGGUGGAAGGAACAAGGAUAAUUGUAAUUUUGAUGGUUAUGCCAACUCAGUCUACACGGUUACAAUAGGGGCUGUAGACUUCAAGGGUCGAAUGCCAUACUAUGCAGAGGAAUGUGCAGCAAUGUUGGCAGUGACACCAAGCUCUGGGAGUAAUGGUCGUGACAUUGUAACAACUGACUGGAGUGAGAUCAGCCCAUCUGGGUGCACCAAACACCACUCCGGCACUUCUGCCGCUGCUCCUUUAGCUGCUGCCGUAAUUGCUCUGGCUUUUGAGGUUCAGCCUUGUCUGUCUUGGAGGGAUGUUCAGUAUCUCAUUGCGCUCACCUCCAGAAAGAUUGACACCACAAACUCAGAUUGGGCUAAGAAUGGUGCUGGGCUCCACCACUCUCAUCAACAUGGUUUUGGUCUUAUUGAUGCUGCAGCAAUGGUUUCCGCAGCAACUAUCUGGGAAUCGGUGCCUUUCUCAACCACUUAUACUUCAGAGAAAAUGGUAGUCCAGCUUCCUAUGCCGUCAGAGAGACUCGGGGAAGUUAUGGUCAAGCACACGGUUGAUGAACAAGCGCUGGAAGGAUACGCUCUCAACAUUUUAGAAUUUGUACAAGUACGAGUAACUGUAGAACAUGAUUAUCGAGGCAGCCUAAAUAUCGUCCUGGUGUGCCCCAGUGGUACUAGGUCAACACUUGCUGCUCCCAGGGAGGCUGACAAUUCUACCAAGGGCCUUGUGGACUGGCCACUUGGUACUGUGCGGUGUUGGGGGGAGAAUCCCGUUGGUACCUACCAGGUAACUGUUAUGCAGACUCGUCACCAGCACCUAAAUGGUCGACUGGUGUCUUGGCAGCUAGUUCUUCAUGGCACUUCCAUGACACCAUCUCAGCUACAGGAGAGAAAAAGAUUGGUAGAGAAGGCCGUGCGAGGUGAAGUGGUUCAUGUGAAUCGCAGCACGUUGUGUCAUCCACCAGAGCUGAGAUUUGAGCCUUUUGAACCUCUGCCAGAACGCUGGCUCAAGGUGCUUGUCAUUACUGGGUUCUUUUUGAUGUUUAUGGCAAUAUUCAAUUCCCUUGAGUAUAUCUUUUGCUAUAAUGAUGAGAAGGAGAAGUUCUACAAGAAACUUCAAGAUGUCUCGGCCGGCCGGGCCAUGCAUCAGAGAAACGUCUUGGCACGACGCAACACUAAUGCGGAUCAUCAUUAUGGAAGCAUUGACGAUGGAAGCCAUUCUCAGGACGCAGUGGAAACACACUUGCCCACAGCAAACCCAAAUGAAAUUGUUCCUCUGAUGGUGAUAGAGAGAGAGACUUCACCAUCACCCUCUUGUGAUGCCGAUAUAUCUAGUCUGGAUUGUGAUAGUGAUGAGGGUAAUCUAUCUUCACAUUGUACAAGUGAUACAGUUAUACCAAAGGACACCGAUGUUACCGACUUCACCAAUGAUGAAUUUUUGUCGGAAGUUGAUGAAGAUCGGAGAAUUCUGCAAAAGGCAGAGUUAAUGGAUUAAUUUUGUAAGUAUUUUUCUACUGCUCAUAUCUUGUACUGUAGAUAAACAAAAAAAGAAAUAUUUAAUAAGCUUUUACAUAUGGGUUUUUAAGGCAUUAUUAAGAGAUGGUUUUUGUAAUAUGCUUCAUGAUGGUGGUUUAAUAUCCGUGAUACCAUGCAAAAAUAAGGUUCAGAUAUUUAUGGUUAUGGUACAUAGUAUUGGAUAAUUUGCUAUAUACAAAAAUUGGUUAUCAUUCAAAUAUGAAUUAUGAAUAUGGCAAUAGUUUGACUUCUCUGAUACAAGGUAUUGUAGUACAGUACUUGGAAAGAUUUUUGUAACUUUGCUGACCUUACAGUGUUGCCUAACAUUCCAUAGUUUAAACUAUAGACAUCCAUUAUUCGUAAAAAUAACGUACAGGUAUAUGCGAGCAGUACACUGCCUCCUCUAUCCCAUCUCGGGCAGUUAAUUGUCAUAAGCACUUGUGUUUUACUUCAUUUUUAUUGAUAUAUCUCUACCCAUUUCUGAGCUAUUCUAUUCCAUUUGUUUCCGCCUCCGUUGGGAAUCGAACUCGAAACCUUAGGACUACGAAUCCCAAGCGCUGUCCACUCAGCCGUCAGGCCCCUCUGGUAGAGUAGAGUGUCAUUCUGCACCAGUGCAACACAGAUCUUUUCAAUUCUAACUCAGUCAACCCUAGAGUGACUAGAAAGUUAACUUGUACCAUAAUUCGAGCCUUUCAAAAGCCAUACUUAACAUCACACAUAAUGCUUUCACAAAUCACAAAUCACCAGCUGCUCACCAGGGCUACUACUCAUCAAGCAUUUAUGCAACCACUGGUGUAACCUUGUCAUCUUUCCUCAAUCACAAUCAAAGGUUAUUUUUGUCAUAAACAACCUCGUAGUGCUUCGGAGCUCAUGAACUGCUAAGUAAAUGUAAACAAAGCUGCCAAGAUUGAGGAAAGAUGCACAGGUUUUGUAAGUGGAUAUGUAAAUGCUUGAUGAAUGCUGGCACUGGCUGCUACCCAUGACUGCCACCAUAUUGCAUGACCCGCACCAAGGCCAGGUACCCCUGCUUCAAGCCCCAUUAUGUUUUUCCUGGCGUGUUCCCAUGAUGGUUGGGCACACUUGAGGCUAAAUUUGGCCAAAUGCCUUGUUUUUGUUCUUAAGUGUCUUGGUUUCACUGUACAUUGGGCUCAUGCUGUGUACUUAAAAAGGCAGCACAUUUUAUUAGAAUGCAUCUCGUGUAUGAGAGGAUUUGUGUCAUGACGUAAAUGGCUGGUGAUUCAGACUGUUUUGUUGUGGUCAUCAGCAAUGUGUUGUUCCUCUCGGAGUUCAGACUGCAUCUACUUUUCGUAGAUGCUUUGCUCCUAGACUGGAUGGUUUGUGCUAAGCAGUUUAUUAAGCAGCUAAGGAGGUAUACAGUACUUGGUUGGUUUCAUAUGUGGGAAAGUUGUUUGUUUAACACACAAGGCUAACUUUGUCCAAGUUUUGUGUGACUAUACUGUAUUCAUUUUUGUAGUUUGUUUUGGUUAUAGGCAACCCUCACCUUUCCUCGUUCCAAGGUUUGGUUAAGAGGCCAAGGUCGACGACCGGGCCGCGGGGACGCUAAGCCCCGGAAGCACCUCAAGGUAAGGUCAGCCAGUAACUCUGGCCUCUGCUCCCAGACCUCUUCCUUGCCUGCUGUGGCUGAGCUUGAGCAUCUGGUACCCCUGUUAGUGGAAACCAGUCGUUUGCCAUUCCAUAUUGUUCAUAAUCCUUGAUUUGGUAGAAGCAGGUCUGCUGCCAUAUGCAGUAUUUUGCUAAGAUGGCUGCACUUUCGGCCUUCAGCCUUUUCCCUGUUGGAUUCAGGUUUAGUAGCAGCCAGGUAGUCAACAGGUAGGACUUGGAAGCUUUUUCUGGUGCUCCUUGUAUUACCGGUGGGGGUUAGCAAGGAUUUGAGUGCUUAUUAGUAAACUUUCUUUAGUCUGGGCUGGACUGGGCUUUUUUUCGGAGUCUUCAUAGCACAUUAUGACUAAACAGGUACCUAUGUUUGAAUAAAUCCUUCUUGUGCGGGUGCAGAAUAUUGCCCUACUCUAUCACGUUCCUGUCCAUUGGAACCUUGGGUGAUCUUGCAUAGAGAUCAUGCGAGUCUUUUUCUCUGAGAGGAGGAUUUCCUAUUUAUUUAUUUGCCCAUUUUUGAAUAUAUUUAUUUGCCCAUUUAAGUACCUUAUUUGCACAAAUAUAAGUCACUCCAAUUGUAAGCUUGGCCAUUACUUCUAAGCCUCAUCCGUUCAGUCGUUACUUUAACAGCCUAAGUUCAGUCGUUACUUUAAAACUGUACAUCAAAAUUAUCCUCACGUUCUAAAUUACUAUUAGCUCAAUACCUGUUGUAUAUGCCAGUAUAAAAGAUGGCUAUGCAGUCUAAUGAAUAGCCCUUAAAAAUUACACGAUGCCAACUUUCUGGAAAGGAUAUGCAUUUCUUUAGAAGCAUGGUAAGGGGCAACAUUUUCAUUAUAUGUAAGCAUCCAGGGCUUGCAUAGAAAAGUGAAGAUCCUGGGGCAUGGGCAUAUGGGGACUGUUUGCAGGCAACGAGUCGCAAUACAGUACUCGCCUAGUUGUGCUUGCGGCUCUGCCUGAGCUCUGGCUCUUUGGUCUCGUCUCUACCCACAGUAAUGUGAGUGAAGCAUUGACACGCAACCUGAGGCUUCACUUUUGUUGUCUUGCGAGUGGUAAGAAUGUUCCUCAAUGCUGUUAAGCAAUGAAGUUAUUAUUUGUGAAUUAUCAUUAGGUGGAGAAAAUUAUAAGUCAUGUUAUUGGGGACAGGAAGCCUGUACUGUACUUAGGCUUAUUGACGUCCCCCAACACUAGGCCAACUAUUAACCUAUCUUACAAUACUAACCAACAACAGUUGUUUAAUUCCUAGCUACCUAUUUUAGUACUAGGUAAACAGAGGUAUCUGGUGGAAGGAAUGUGCCAAAUCAUUUGUGUCCUAUCCUGGGAUUGAACCCGGGAUCCUUGAUUGUGAGCCAAGAAUGUAGACCACUACCACACGACCCAUAUCAUGUAAUAGAAUAUCAGGACACUUUGAGUGGCUUAAUAAUUUAUUUAUAUUGAAGAAUUAACCCUUUGGUGGUAAUGAAUGACAGCGAUCGACUGCCAAAAAUAUGCCUUAGAAUGCAAUAAGCGGACUGAGUCCACGUGCCUCAAAAAACAAGUACUUAAUUCAAAUAAUUGGUUACUAUACACUUUACAUUAUACUUUGGUGCUACAUAACCUUCCCGGUUUGGUGCCUUCUUUUGAUAAUUACUUACUUACAUUAUACUUUUUAAUUAUAUACAGUACAGUAAUUUGGACUUUUUACUAUUUUGCAAUGCUUCAUCUUUGCCAUCAAUAUUUCAACUUGUAUUUAAGUAAUUAAUUUUAACCCUUACACUGUGCACCUGUUUCAUGUGACAACUUCAUGUUACAGUUGUUAAUGAAUUAUUAACAUUAACUUAAACAAAUUUCAAACUAGAAAAAGAUGUCAAAAUACUACCAAAUUCAACAAUUUUCAUUUCAAAUCAGUGGAAAAAAAAAAACAUGAAAAACACUAAAAUUUUACUAAAUUCAAACAUUUUUUGCACCACCCAUUGACAAUAGUGCUGUGGUUAAUAAAAAUAAAGACAAAUAUGAAAGAAACAGAAGUAAUUCGUGCAUUGAAAGGCAUACCCUGUUUCUUGGUGCAGUACUUUCCCCGGUACAGGUUUCCCUGGUACAAUACUGUAUAUACAAUACAUGAAUAAUUUACUGUUGUCAUGGACUAAAGUUAAGGUCAGGACUAAAGUAUAACUGCUGGUUGAUCAGCGAGGUAUUGUAGUGGCCUUAAUAACCCUGCAGAGGCUGGUAGGCCCAACCCUAAUCCAAAGUGACAUUAAGAGAGGACAAUUGAGAGAUUUGUAAUGUUAUUUAUGAACAGGUGAUGGCUAUAGUGGGGAGCGGAGGUGGCUAUAGUGCGGGGUGAAGGUGGCUGUAAUGGGGGAAUGGAGUCAGCUAUAGUGAGGAGUGGAGGUGGCUAUAAUGCGGGGUGGAGGUGGCUAUAAUGCGGGAUGGAGGUGGCUAUAGUGCGGGGUGGAGGUGGCUAUAAUGCGGGGUGGAGGUGGCUGUGGUAGAGAAUUGUGCAAGAGCUUGCAUAAAGAUUUUUCAAGAGUUGUGCAUUAUAGUACAUUGUGAAUGCCAGCCCCACUAUAUAAUGUGUGGCAUAUAUUUGUGCAACCAGUACAUGUUAGUACAACUUUAUUGUAUAUUAUUCACUAGUUGAUGAUGAUUUUGUUGCAUCAUUUUGGCUAUAGAAAGUAUCGGUGCAUUUACAUUAAAUCGCAGAAAUGUUGCUAUAAACUGCUUAUUAUAUAUUUAUUUUUUUGUCUUCACAUACUCAUAUGUUUAUUUGCUCAUUGAAAUACUCAUUCAUGCAACUUUAUUAUGUAAUAAAGAUUAGCAGUGACAACGAAACACAAAUAUUUUGUCUGUAAAAAGCCGCAGUACAAGACGACGAUGCGCCUUCUUGCAUGGCCAUUCUCUAGUGUGUCGUCUGGGAGCUGUACACCUGUAUUUUAUUUACUUUGUUCAUGCCUUUAUUUAUUACAUUCAAAUAUGCAUUGAUGCAACUCCCGGAACAUUUAUAAGAAACAGUAUUACUAAAUUAUUUUGGUAGGGAUCUGCUUACACUGGUAAUUAAACUAGGCAGGGUUAAGUGCCUCUCUAUCCUGGGCCAAAACAAAACACUUUCUUGCAGGUUGAGGCUGAAUCCAGGAAUGACAAGUUGUACUGUAAUAUAUACCAAAAUGUCUUAUUCAGUGUUUGUAUAAUAUUUUGCUCUGUUUCAUUCAAACAAAUUGUAAGUACUGUACUGUACAUUUUUUAAUAAAUCCACAAGGGCCGUGACGAGGAUUUGAACCUGCGUCCGGGAGCAUCCCAGACAUUUGUUCAUUUGAUGCAUCACAUUAGUGUGAUCUCUGUGUGUAAUGAUGUCUGUACAUCUUUAUUAAACCUGCACAACAAUGGUUCAAGUAGGCCAGGAAGAGCUGGUCAUGUAGCAUGUGUACAAACAUUCAUAGAUAAGAGAUCUAUAAACGACUGAAAGCACUUGACUACCGUACUCUGUAUCAAGGUUUAACUAUACUCGUAUUGUUAAUUUUACUGUUUAAAGUCAAAGUUACACUGAGAGUGAUGGGUGUUAUAUUUGAGGCUUUGACCAUGUAAUGUGUAACUCAUACUGGUUACCAUUUGGUGUAGAGGCAGGCAUAGCGUAUAUUUGGUGUAUUGGCAGGCAUGGUGUGUAUUUGGUGUAGAGGCAGGCAUGGUGUGUAUUUGGUGUAGAGGCAGGCAUGGUGUGUAUUUGGUGUAGAGGCAGGCAUGGUGUGUAUUUGGUGUAGAGGCAGGCAUGGUGUGUAUUUGGUAUAGAGGCAGGCAUGGUAUGUAUUUGGUGUAGAGGCAGGCAUGGUGUAUAUUUGGUGUAGAGGCAGGCAUAGUGUGUACUUGGUGUAGAGGCAGGCAAAGUGAUUAUUUGUUGGGGUGUGUAUACUUAGUGUUGGUACAGGCAGGAUGUGUAACUGCUGGAGUAUCUAGUAUUUAGGCAGUCAGAAGUGAUAAUGAGAUGUGAUAUAACUAGCUAAUAACCUGACAUUAACUAUAAAUUUAACUUUUAUAGUUUGAUGAUAAGCCUAUACUGCAGUUGAUGCCAAAAUUCUUACCUUUACACUGUGUGUGUGGACUGAAUCACUGUUAUGAUAACUUAUUUGUGCGUUUAAAGUUUUAUUUGGAGUUCUCUGGUAGAUUAAGUUGAUUCUGAUUUGGAGCUUAAUGGGUAAAGGAUAUAAAAUUGGACAGUCCCAUCAGUGCAAAAAGUUAGUUAAUAGCAAUGUUAGUUAAUGUAAACAUAUUCAUAUUACUCUAUUGUGGUGUCUGGGCAUUCACUCAGAAUGUUAAAAUUAUCGUCAGGAUUCUGGUAUGUGCUCACGUCUGUUGUAGAGAUGAUAGAACCCGUAGUAGCAACAGUUGGAAUUUAUGAAAGGUUGGUAAUCAUGAAUCUCUAUUAAACAUGACCUAUUGCUCUCAGGCAGUAACCUAUACAAAAAGAGUAUUAAAUAUUUAAAAUAAUCCCAUAAAACAAUAACAUUUUAAAAUUAUUGUAACUUAAAACAUGACAAUCUUCGCUUCAGAGAUUUGUUCACUAGUUCAGAUAGGGCGAAACUAGCUCGUGUUAGUUUCACAAAUUUUUCAUUGUUUACAUUGUUGGGGGAGUUUUGGUUAUUUUGAGGCUGUAGUCUCGUUUGUAACCAAACUGUGCCCUGAUUUUUUUUCACUUGACACUCUGGGUGCCGUCCCUUGUUGGUGGCCAACAUGAAUAAAUUCACAUAAAAUUUUUCAUACAGCUACUGCUCCCUGGGCCUCUCAGAGGAGGGGCCAGGUUCUGGCUCAGGGUCCAGGUAGGACAAUAAGAACUUUGCGAGUGAUGGCACCUUGUAUUCUGGCACUAUGUUAGUAUAGUAGCUUCAGGGAGCCAUAGGCACUCACCCAGAAAUUGGACUUUCAUUACAUUUAACACUGGUUUUUUAGCACCAUAUUUAUAUAUCUUCUACAGAAGAGAUUGUAUAAUUCAGUGAGAGUUUUGCUUUUACAAUUAUUCAUUGUACAGUGAUAAUGUUCAUGUAAUUUGGUAAGCCUUCAAAAUGUUACCUUUUUUGAAGUAAAUGUAAAAAUUUGUUGCUAAUUAUCUUGAUUAAUUUUUGUUUACUUGCAAUGAAUGUAAACAUGUCUAAUCAAAUGCAUAAUACUGAAAUAAUAUAAUUAGGCAAGAAAGGAUUAAUGACAUUUGAAUGUGUGGAUAUUAAAAAGAUACAAUGAAUUAUGAAAUAUAAAACAACUGUAUAUAUGAUCAGUGAUGUAUAUGAUCAGACAUAUAUGUGGCCUUAGAACCGAGUGAUGCAUGUUCGGUACAGUUUUAUUACCGAAACUGUUUUCUCAUCUUUCCAUAGUGCUCGUGAGAUCAUAACUCCAGUGUCCAUUACAUAAUUAUGAAUCUGACAUUAACUUGUUUUACUAACAAAAAUAUUUAUCUUUACCUAAACUUUGCUCAGCUGCCAAUUUCAGCAACAGUGACUGAUCAGUUGUUUGCAUAUUUAACUUGCCUGAAUUUACCCAAGGCCCACCAUCACCCUAGUGGCCUCGAUGGGGGACAGGAAGCUGGUGGCUUCUCAAUGAUCCCCCAUCUUCCUCCAAAUUGUACCUGAGGAUUCUUUCCAUCGGGACUUUGAACUGGAGCAAUAUCUUAGUAUUUUUUGCUUCAGCAGGUAGGCAGUUUCAUGGGUUCAUAACCCUGUAUGUAUGUGUACACACACACACACACACACACAUACAUUAGUAUAUACAGUACAUCUACCUUUACAUGCACAUAUGCACUUGUUCACAAUGGUGUGAUGAUACGAGAAGAGAUGGAAUAGGGAGUGCGGCAAGGAAGGCAAGUAAGAAAGGAGGGUGGAUAGGCUAGGAGGGUGGAUAAGCUAGGUGGGUGGAUAGGCUAGGAGGGUGGAUAGGCUAGGUGGGUGGAUAGGCUAGGAGGGUGGAUAAGCUAGGUGGGUGGAUAGGCUAGGAGGGUGGAUAGGCUAGGUGGGUGGAUAGGCUAGGAGGGUGGAUAAGCUAGGUGGGUGGAUAGGCUAGGUGGGUGGAUAGGCUAGGAGGGUGGAUAGGCUAGGAGGGUGGAUAAGCUAGGUGGGUACUGGUUCUAUCCUAUCCUAUAUAGGUCCUAUAUAUCCUAUAUCCUAUCCUAUAUCCUAUCCUAUCCUAGAUAGUUCUAUCCUAUCCUAUCUAGCCUAUCCACCCACCUAGCUAGGUGGGUGGAUAGGCUAGGAGGGUGGAUAAGCUAGGUGGGUGGAUAGGCUAGGAGGGUGGAUAGGCUAGGAGGGUGGAUAAGCUAGGUGGGUGGAUAGGCUAGGAGGGUGGAUAGGCUAGGAGGGUGGAUAGGCUAGGUGGGUGGAUAGGCUAGGAGGGUGGAGCAAAAUAUAAAUGAGCUAGGAGCAAAUAUAAAUAUAUAUGUAUAUUCAUGCAUAUAUACAAUACAUAGCCAGUAUUGACUCCCGGUAGGGUACGAGACCAUGUUCUUGGUAACACCAUCUGUAUAUAAAGUAUGCAUAUAUAUGAUGUAAAUACAGUAGCAAAACUACAAGGUAAUACAUCAUCCUGAGGGUGUAGUGCUCUGACUCUCGUAAGUGAGAAAUAGAAAUGAUAAAGCAGUUCUUGUACUUAAGCUACACAAAGUACUUUAAUUUUGUUUUGAUGCUCUAUAUCUGACUUACAUUUAUGAUUGUAUGAGAUUACAGUACCAUGAUCAGGUCCCAAGUUCUUAAUUGUCUGUGUGUACACUUUACAGUGUUGAUUACAUCCUAGUGUUGUUUAUAUCCUAUAGUGUUUACAUCCUACAGGGUUUUUUACAUGCUACAAAGCACUGAUGUCCUAUCACUGUUGCCUAUAUUGAGGCAUAAGGGCUAAUAUUACCUCUACUUUGAUUUACACAUACUGUGUUUAAAGUACUGCACAGAAUCACCUUAUUGCUUUCACUCAUUUCCUCUAGUGGCUGACUGAGGGCUUGGAAUGUUUUGUUGCGGCUACAGAAUUUUAACAUGGUUUGCUUAGCUGCGCAGUUCACAGCAGUGAACAGUGCAUGAUAGUAGUCACAAGACCCUCCCUCUCCAGCUAAUCUGACCUCAGACAUGAACUUUGCAUUUUUCUAGUCAAAUUCAGUUUACAACAGACACAAAUGUGUUAGUUUGAGAUCAGCAGUGAAGAAAUUUUACUGAAUUUAAGGACAUGUUCCCUUAAGAAUACUGUACAAAAAUGGCCGAGUUAUUGGGACAAUUCACUAUGAUGACCAAACCACAAGUCGGAAGAUGGAGAAGCGACGACAUUUUAGUCCAUCCUGGACCAUUAUAAAGUCACGAGAUCACAUGAUUUAAUAAUGGUCCAUGACAGACUGAAACGUCGUCGCUGCUCCAUCUUUCGAGUUGUGGUUUGGUUGUCACUUCUUCAGCCACGUUAUUGUGACUCGUCGUCUGCACAAUUCACCUUCGUUCAGCAGUUAAAAUUUAAUGCAUUAUGAUUUGUAUACAAUGCUGCUUUUAAGGCAUUAAUAUUUAUUGCCAUAUUAACAAAAAUUAUUUCAAUUAUGUUCAUUGCUUUUGAUGCGAUUUUACAUGCUGUAAAUCCAUUAAAAUACUUGUAAAUCAGAUGUUGGCAAAUCAGCAUGACACUCAUAGGAAGCAUUGCAACAUGUACACAAAACUUUUAAAUACUAAAUAUGGCAUUUAAUUACACAAAGAGGAAAAUGUAUACUGGUUGCAGCAUAAUAGAAAAAAAAAAUCUAAAAAUGUAGCUAGUUUGAUAGCUUGAAUCUAGUCGUUUCCAUUACACAUGUUUAUUGUUUGUAAUUAUUUGUUUUUUCAACCUACAUGAUGGCAGUGUUGUAUACACUGUUAUAACACCAAAUAUAUUUGUUUCUAUGUUCAUGAACUGCAUUAUUAAAAUGUCAUCUUUAUCUUUAUAUUCUACUGAGUUUGCCAAGAGCAAAUUGUUUAAUGCUGUGUUAUAUGUAUUGGUUUUUAGUGUUGUAUGGGAUAGUGUUUUCUAGCAUUGACGGAAUAGUGUUUUCUAGUGCUGAUGGGAUAGUGUUUUCUAGCACUGCAUGGGUAUAGUGUGUCCAGAGCCGCAUGGGCAAAGCGAGUGUGUAAUGUUGUGACAAACAUCCCGGUGAGCACAAUAUCAGAGAAUGUUAUUUCAAAGUGGAAAUCAACAUUGAUAAUGUUGACUGAAUUAAUGUUACUCUUGGCUAAUGUACCUACAGGGAUAUGACACGUACAACACUAACGUGAACAUUAUUUUUUUUCAAUUGCUAGAAGUUGGGCAUUACAAUUUUAAAUUGUUGAAACUACAAUAUUUGUAGUGUUAAGUAAUUAAAUAAUUAUCUAGAGAAUUUACUAAGCCUGAGACUAUUUAACACACUUUGCAGUGUUACGAACACACUUUUGUGAGUAUAAAGUUUGCAGUGAUUGUUUUGCUGAAAGUCAAGUGAUGAUGACUCCUUAGAUUUUGUUUUUUCUUACAGCAAAAGUGUGUAACUUGAAAUCUGUUAAUCAAAAAUGCUGAAACAGGAUGGUUCAGAAAUAUUCCCGGUGCAGGUAUAUAUUUUGCCGCAAGUUAAAAAGCAAUCCUGGAUAAGAUUUUUGCUUAUCGAUGAACCCAUUAAACUGACUCGAGUAAAAUAAAUAAAUUAUACUAUAUGUACAGUAUAUUAUAUAAUUUAUCUGGUUAAUUUUCAAAUUUUUAAGUGUUUAAAUGCAUUUUUAUAUUUUGUACGUAUAGAAAUGCAGCCCUAACAUUUUGUUUGCUCAAGAAAUGUAUGGUUUGUAAAAUAUUGCAAUUGUUUGCACUUGAAUUCCUAGCUAUUUAUAUUUUAGUAUACACAAGUUUACACGUUCAGCAAUAUGUUUCGUCCAAACAAAUUUUUAAUUUUCUUUUAUAAUUUGCAUUAUCAUUUAUUUACUAUUCAUUGCUAACGAAUAAGAUUAUUUAUCUAAAAGAUGUCAAAUCUUUUUAAAAAUCAAAAAUUUUGAAAUUGUAUUGAUUUUUUUUUUUACCCAGCAUCUGGAUUAAUUCAUUCUGGAAAAGAGGUUUCAGGAUAUUUGCCUAUUUUUGGAUAUUUAUUGCUACUUUUGUUGGGCAUUUUCUUGUAUGCAAGGAUAAAACACAUCUUGCAUGUCUUUAAAUACAACUAAUAAACAGUAUAAACAAAUGUUGUUGAUAUACUGUAAUAAAAAUAUGAUUAG